UCACGGAAGUUAAUUCCUCAAAGCGGAAGUGAAGGCCAAGGCCCGUCGACGGGAGACGUUUCAGGCUGCAGGAGGUGGUUUUAUUUCAGACUGUCACCCAGGGAUUUUAAGGAGAGAAGGAGAAAGCAAGCAGCACUCCCAUCUAAAGGUUCAUUCAUCCACCGGAGGUCAUCUCUUCGUCGUUCUCAUCCUCUCCCUUUCUCAGCCUGAUUCUCUCUCGCUUUUGUCCCUCUUCAUCCUGUCAUCCUCUGAGCUAAAUUGAACCUGGAUUAGGAUCUUCUACCCUCUCAGAUCCAGUUCCUCAUACAGCCCUCAACUCCUCUGUGUCCAGCCUAUCGGCAUGGCGGGGCGAGGUGGACCAGCGCGGACCAACGGUGCUGCCCCCGUCGGGAACAAAAUCUGCCAGUUUAAGCUGGUCUUGCUUGGAGAGUCUGCCGUGGGCAAGUCCAGCCUGGUGCUGCGCUUUGUCAAGGGCCAGUUUCACGAGUACCAGGAGAGCACCAUUGGAGCUGCUUUCCUCACACAGACAGUCUGCCUGGAUGAUACAACAGUAAAGUUUGAGAUUUGGGACACAGCCGGACAGGAGCGAUACCACAGCCUGGCCCCUAUGUACUACAGAGGAGCCCAAGCGGCCAUCGUCGUCUAUGACAUUACGAACACAGACACAUUCACUAGAGCAAAAAACUGGGUGAAGGAACUGCAGCGUCAGGCAAGCCCAAAUAUCGUCAUUGCUUUGGCUGGUAACAAGGCCGAUCUGGCCAACAAGAGAGCUGUUGACUUUCAGGAGGCACAAUCAUACGCAGAUGACAACAGCCUACUGUUCAUGGAGACCUCAGCGAAGACCGCCAUGAACGUGAACGAGAUCUUCAUGGCUAUCGCCAAGAAGCUCCCAAAGAACGAACCACAGGGUGGAGCAGGGAGUGGUGGACGUGCUAGGGGAGGUGUUGACUUGCAGGAGACAGCACCUCAGGGCAGAACUGGCCAGUGCUGUGGAGGCGGCAACUAAACAUUGGACCAAUUAGCUGGCAGAUGCACCAAUUAGCUGGCAGAUGCACCCAAGGACUGAUACAGGCACACAAACACAGUAUGAACCCAUAGUGCGAGAUCCCUUCACUUAUGAUCAAGCUCUAAACUAUGGCCCGUUAGACUGUAACAGACAGGCCAUAAGUUUCUACUUCGGAAAUGGAAAAGGGGCAAUCGAUACUUACUGAUACUCUUAAUUUUUUGACAAGUUUUCCCUCUUAACAGUACAUGCAAACAAACAAACACAUGACAUGUUUCUGCCAUCUAUGAUUUUCAGAGCCAUUCGUUUUGUCGUGAAUAGAAUUUCUGACGAAACAUGAAAACAACUGAUCAGCUCCAACCGAUUGCACUUAAACAAAAGCUUUGGUCUCUCUUCAUGAGAGAAGAUCCAAAGUGCUGCUGGAGGGGAAACAAGUCUGCAAGUCCAAGCUCUUGAAUUCCCUAUCCUGAAAUUCGCUCAUGUUUGUAUGAAAAAUUUAGUGGUGAGGCCGCUAUUUAAACUUGCACUCCCAUUCGGUGGAUGCAUACUGCCAGUAUUGAGUUACACAUCAUCAUUUGCAGGCUUCUCUUUAUCACAUCCUUCCUUCCUAGUGUAACCAUGUCAGAUAAUGAAGGAAAGAUUGGAGAACGAGAGAAAAGGCUAUUAUUUUCAAUCCGUGUCCAGCUCUUCUAUAGAUUCUGUAUUAUUUUUAUUGUAUUAGUCUAUCAGACAUCCACUACUACAGCACAAUUGAAACCAGUAUAUGAUUUGAUAGUCUAGAAUUCUUUUCUAAUCAGUUACAUAUAUCUACUUGUAUAUCUAUAGUGCAUUAACAGGUGGUAUAACUCCAUUGUCUUGUUUUUUUGUCCUUUGCAUUAAUGAAAACAUUCUUGAAUCAUUGUGAUAUGGAUUAAAUGCAUACAAAUGACAUUAAGGCAAAAUUGGACUCCACUGACCAAAUCAUGUUUAAUGACAGAAUUAUUAAAGGGGGAAAGGAUAAUGUUGCUGUAUUUGUAUAUGUUUUUUUCUAAUUGUUUUCUGCAAAUAAGACCCCAAUCAUUAGCCAAUUUCAAUUCAGCACCUUUGUAAGAAUUUGUUUUCUUGUACAUAUGGUCUGCUUGAGUGCACUGGGUCUUUGUCCUGUCAGUCAAUAUUUUUCUGUCCAUUCCUUCCCGUUUCAUGUUGAAGGACUCUCUUCCAACAUGCAUUUUCAGCAUCACCUGUGACCUAGCACAACAAAUGUGAACAGUGACGCAGUUGUCCAAAGCGGGGUCUGAUGAAUGAGGGAGAAAAUGGACGAAUCAAUAAAAAAAAACACAAACCUAAUAGACCUUGUAAUUUUACCAAUAAAGGAGGGGAGGUAUA